GAGUUGCUCGAUUGAACGCAGCGCAUUUAUACUGGGCGCAGAUUUGGCUCAUACCUGACUCUGUCAGCAUUGGCUGUGCUGUAACUAGGUAACAAGAGCACUGUCAUCGAGAACAGACGGAUAGCUUUCUCGGAGAUUAUGAGAGCACUGAGCACCUUUAAGGAGUGCAGAAAUCUGUGAAAGGAGGAGUUGGGAAAAAGGACACUGCUCCUUUUAGAGUCUGUGUAACAGAGCCGAUAAGCUAUUCCUCUGAUGUGAUUGAACGUGACUGAAUACUGCGGGCUCCUGGACUCUUAUUCUAUAAAGCACCCACCAGAACAGCACAGGAAAAGAUUGGAGGGAACAGCUUCUGCUGUACUGAGAAAGAUGCUGGAGAGCUCUUCAGUCCUUUUGUUCAUUGUCUUCGUUCUGCUUUUCAUUUCCUUGCUCUGCGUGGUACUCAUCAGGAAAAAUGCCACUGCUGCCCUGAUCUGGCAUGAAAUAAUCAAGGAGAAAAUAACCAAUUUCAUCAUGAAUCAGAGCAAAGAACAGAGGAUUUUAAAUUUUGUGUUGCAGAAUGCAGUCCGAGGAGACCCCUGUAGUGUGAUGGAAACUAUAGAUAAAUACUGCUCUGAGAAAGAGUGGGCCAUGAAUGUGGGUAAUGUAAAAGGUGUAAUUCUGGACAAGACAGUGGAAGAGAUCAAUCCUAAAGUUGCACUGGAGCUGGGAACUUAUUGUGGCUACUCAGCUGUUAGGAUUGCUCGGCUGCUGAAAGCAGGUGCUCGUCUUCUCACUGUGGAGUUCAACCCAGAAUUUGCUGCUAUAGCUAAACAGAUGAUUGAGUUUGCUGGAGUACAAGAUAAGGUAAAACUCCUAGAAGGCCCCUCAGAGGUAAUUAUCCCCCAGCUGAAAAAAAAAUAUGAAGUGGAUACUCUGGAUUUUGUCUUCGUGGACCACUGGAAAGACAGAUAUGCACCAGACACCAUCCUGCUUCAGGAAUGCAGCUUGCUGAGGAAGGGCUCAGUUCUUCUGGCUGACAAUAUCAUCUUCCCAGGAGCUCCUGAAUUUGUUAAAUAUAUCCGCAACAACUCCCGUUUCCAAUGCAGUACCUACCCAUCUCAGCUGGAAUACAUGGAAGUGCAGGAUGCUAUGGAAAAGGCUGUGUUUUUGGGAUAAAGACAGCUGUUAAUACUCGGUCUUUGUUUCUAAUGACAUAAAUGUAACUACACAGGUUAACUGGACUGUGCUUUACAUUUUGCUGUUUGUAUUUUGAAGCUUAUCACCUAGUGGGAACCAUUUUUUAUCAGGUGGAAACCAAGAUCUGGAGUAAGUAGGGCAUCCACUUAAAGGCCCCUUCAUUGCUUCACAUUAUACAGCAAACCCAAGGUGAUCAACAUGUUGUCAAACAACACAGUCUGUUAUUUUGAGCUCAAACAUGAACAACCACAGUUGGUAAGGUUACAGUAACACGGAAAAAGCCACUCAAUUUCUAAGAACUUAUGUUCUAAAGCUAAACUGCCUUACCAUUCCCGAGUGUGACAAAAGCAUGCAUGUUGCAAGAGAAGAACUCAGAAACCCUGGUUAUGCUAAACUAUUUUCAUGCCACUUCCACCAGUGAAGGUUCCUAUAAUAAUGUAAGAUGCAUUUUUGCAUGGCUGAAAAUGUUAAUUAUCUCCAUACUGAAGAAAAGGGCACAUACUGAAAGAAGACAAAGCUACACAGUGAUGGGAAAGUGUAACAGAAUUGUGCAUAAGAAAAAAAUUAUUAUAUCUGCACAUGCAGGGAGAAUUGGAGAAGCAAGCAGAUUAAAAUGAACACAGCAUAACAAAAACCAGGUUGUUUCUAACAGAAUAUCAAAAUGACAACAUCACUAGAUCUUGAGAAAAUACUACUCAUCCCGUCGUUACAUUUACUCACUCCUUUAUUAUACUGUAUAUAUAUUGUGUGUGCAUUUGAGAGGCAAGGGAAGCUGCUUGCUCUAAAGCAUUAUGUAUGUUUAGUGAGAAUGGGUUUUACCAGGUGGGUUCUGCACACCUUGUUUAACCUAUGAGUUGUAGUCAGCAUUGAAUGGCAAGGUUUAUUAGUGAGAAGAUUUAUAAAACCAAAUCUGAAGUCUUUUGACUCACCUGAACAAUACAGAAAUCUACUCUUCUUUCCUUCUAUGCCCUGCUGUGAUUAUAUAAUGAGCCAAUGGCUGCUUUUAUGAAUAAAAACUAAAAAAUAA